CUAGCCAGGAAGGCAGUUUUUCAGAGGAAGUCUCAAAUGGGAGUUCCUCCGAAGCAGCUAAGUCACCAUUAAUGACCAAAUCACCUACUUGCUGGUCCAGCGCUCAGUUCACAAAAGGAGAAGGGCAGGAAGAAGAAGAACUGGAAGAGCAGAGGAAAAGGAGGAGACAAAAGUAGAUGGAGAUCAGGGAGGCUGCUGGAGAAGGCAGAAGGAGAGCCGGAGGGGGAGGAGAAGGAAGUCUGGCAGAGGAGGAUGGAGGAAGAAGGUGGAGUGCUAAAGGAAGGCUUCCUCGUGAAAAGGGGCCACAUUGUCCACAACUGGAAGGUGAGAUGGUUUGUAUUGAGACAGAACACACUGCUGUAUUACAAGCUUGAGGGAGGCAGGAAAGGUCCCUCUCCUAAAGGCCAGAUCCUCCUGGAUGGUUGUACCAUCACCUGCCCUUGCCUGGAGUAUGAGACUAGACCGCUCCUCAUUAAGCUAAGGACCAGAACAUCCACAGACUAUUUCUUGGAGGCCUGUUCCAGAGAAGAUCGGGAUGCUUGGGCCUUUGAGAUAACGGGUGCGAUUCACGCUGGACAACCUGGAAAAGUCCAGCAGCUCCAUCUCAUGAAAAACUCCUUUCAGCUUCCCUCUCACAUCAGCCUUCAUGAUAUAAUUGACAAGAUGCAUGACAGUAGCUGUGGAAUUCGCCCAUCUCCAAAUAUGAAACAGGGAAGCACUUAUAAAAAGACCUUCAUAGGCUCUUCUCUGGUGGACUGGCUGAUCUCCAAUCACUUUGCCGCUAGUCGGAUUGAAGCUGUCACUCUUGCUUCCAUGCUGAUGGAGGAGAACUUCCUUAAGCCCAUUGGAAACCGGAGCACUGAGGCCAUUCGCUCUGGGGAUUUAGCAGAGCAGUUCCUAGAUGAUUCCACAGCUCUCUACAUUUUUAAUGAAAGCUGUAAGAAGAAGACAAAUUCAAAAGAAGAAUUCGAUGUUAGCGCUGCUGAACUGAGUGGCACAGUGAUUAAACAAGGAUAUUUAGCCAAACAGGGACACAAGAGGAAAAACUGGAAGGUGAGGCGCUUUGUUCUGAGGAGUGACCCUGCUUUCCUACACUAUUACAACCCCUCCAAGGAAGAAAACAGGCCAGUAGGUGGAUUUUCUCUCCGUGGCUCCCUUGUUUCAGCUUUGGAGGAUAAUGGAGUUCCCACUGGUGUUAAAGGCAACGUGCAGGGCAACCUCUUCAAAGUGAUCACUAAGGAUGACGUCCACUACUACAUCCAGGCCAGCAGCAAAGCAGAGAGAGCUGAGUGGAUUGAAGCUAUCAAGCGAUUAACAUGAGCAAAGUCACCUGGCUCACAUUUAACUCUAAAGGCAUCUGCAGGACCUCUAUGUAAAAGGGAGAAUCGGGAUUUUUGUCAAGGUCUUGAACAUUUUGGUGACUUUCAAUAUACAUCUGGUACUACUUUGAUGUGAGACUAGAGCUGAAGGCUUCCUAGAAACAUCCAAGUUAUAGACAAAUCAGUCUCAUUGAUGGUCACUAUUCCAGAGUCUUCAUUUUGAUCUCAGACCAGGAACUGCUUUUUUAUGGCGAUUUAAAGAUCAUUCUCCCUCACACCAAUCUCCACAGAUACCGAGAAGGAUAAAACGGGCCUUCUGAUGACAAAUGGAAAUGGCAGCCUAUUUUUAGCAUUGUGAAUUCCUGAUGUUUUUAUAAGUACUUUAGACACAGGUGCUUAAUAUUUGUUGAAUAAAUGAGACAGCUCUCAAAGUGCCUGUCAACAAAACCAGUGGUUUAAUGGAGAAGAACCCUGAGCUGGGACUCAAGUCUGCCUUCAGCAUUUAACUUGAUGUUGAUCACUUCUAAUCUGAUCUGAGUCCUAGACUUACGAAUGAAGAACCCCUGAUCUCAUAGGAUCAUGAUUAAGAUCAAAUGAGACUGACUGUAUAUGAAAGAACUUUGACUCCCAGGUUGGAAGUAACUUCAGUUAUUACCUAAAGGUACCCCAUCCUAGAAGUGUGGUGACAUACACUUUAAGUUGAAUACUAUUUUGACUUUUCCCCUAAAUCUUGGGUGAUGGAAGACUGUAGUUUUGUAGAAACAAGCAGUAAAUCAAGUCAGACUGGUGAACUUGAAGUACUUAGAUUCUAAGAAUGGCUAUCCAGUGAGAUGCAGCACACCAGGAAGUGGUCAGUAUGGCUAGAUAAGCUGCUAAAAUUAGAUUAAAAGACAAUGAGGAAAAAUCUAAAGGACAAAAGGACUAAAUCAGGUAAUGUCUUGAAUUUUUGUUGAGAAUCUAAAUUAGUUACAAUUCUUGGCAUCCAUUAACUCACCUGUUACUUCAACUUGAAUAAGCUAAUAAAAGUAUCUGGCCUUAUGAAACUUAA